AUGGGCACCAAGAACAACGUGACUGAGUUUGUUUUAUUCGGCCUUUUCCAGAGCAGGGAGAUGCAACAUGCUUGCUUUGUAGUCUUCUCCCUCUUCCAUGUACUCACUGUCCUGGGGAACCUUCUGGUCAUUGUCACUAUCAAUGCCAGCAAGACCUUGAAUGCUCCCAUGUAUUUCUUCCUCAGUCACCUGUCUUUUGCCGACAUGUGUUAUCCAUCUGCUACCACACCCAAGAUGAUUGCAGACACUUUCAUGGAAUGCAAGACCAUCUCCUUCAAUGGUUGCAUGACCCAACUCUUUUCUGCCCACUUCUUUGGUGGCACUGAGAUCUUUCUCCUCACAGCCAUGGCCUAUGAUCGCUAUGUGGCCAUCUGUAAGCCCCUGCACUACACAACCAUCAUGAAUCGGCAGAAGUGUAGUCUACUGGCAGGAGCAUCUUGGGUGCCUGGCUUCUUGCAUUCCAUCCUGCAGACCCUCCUCACAGUCCAGCUGCCCUUUUGUGGACCCAAUGAGAUCGAUAAUUUCUUUUGUGAUGUUCAUCCCCUGCUGAGGCUUGCCUGUGCAGACACCUAUGUUGUGGGUCUCAUUGUGGUGGCCAACAGUGGUAUGAUUUCUUUAGUGUCCUUUCUUGUUCUCAUCAUCUCCUACAUAGUCAUCUUACUGAACCUGAGAAGCCAGUCAUUGGAGGGUAGGCGCAAGGCUCUGUCCACAUGUGGCUCACACAUCAUCACUGUCCUUUUGGUUCUCGUGCCCCCCAUGUUUAUGUACAUUCGUCCCUCCACUACCCUGGCUGCUGACAAACUUGUCAUCCUCUUCAACAUUGUGAUGCCACCCUUGUUGAACCCUCUGAUCUACACACUGAGAAACAAUGAGGUAAAAAAUGCCAUGAGGACACUGUUUAAGGUUAAGGGGGACUUUGUGAAGAAGUGA